AUGAACACAACAAUCUGCCAAUUGUGCCAUCACCCUCGUGUGGCGGAGUUUUCUGAGGCCAUCGGCCGCCCCUCCCCGAUGUUUGCGCGGGAAGACUAUCGCCCGCCAUCACUGAUUGAUACGGGCCGCAACAACUCGUGUUUAUUUUCAAUUACACACGCCGCGGCCCGCUUCGGAUCCGGCACUGACAGAAGGGCGCGUAUCCGAUUGGAGGUGUCUAAAACUUGCGAAAACAAGGCC